AUGCCAAAAAGAAAGGCUCCAACAAGAAUAUCUGGUCUGGUCGACUCUGACGAUGAGAUUGCCGACAAUGCAGUCGCGUCGCAUUCCGAAUCACACGACGAACGACCCGCGAAGAAAGCUAGAGGCAGACCUAAAUCGACUGGCGUAAAGGUUGAUGAACAACCAGUAGCCUCCAAAGCUGCGCGCACCUCAUCCGCUGCACCAGUGAAACAGAAUAGCACUAUGAAGAGGGUUCCAAAUCGAGGACGGCCGCGAGCAACUGCAGCAAAAUUAGAUGGUAUCGACGAAGACACUGAGGAUGGAUUACAGACUGAGGAUGACUCUUUGCAAGAAAGCGCCCAUGAAGAGCAAGUCGCUGUACCAGAAGUAUCACCGGUCAAAAAGAGGAGGGGCCGACCGCGGGAAUCGGAUAGCAAUGCAAAACAAACACACGUAACGGAAGAUGGCGAAUUUGAAUAUACGCCGACGGGUUCGCGACAAUUCAAGCCUGUAGAAGAAACCAGCAAACCUGUCAAGCCCCGUGGUAGACAACGGAAGUCUGACUUGGCAGAAGAGACUGUGAUUCCCGACAGUCAGAACCCGACUUCAGACGUGUUGAUAGACGAGGUUCAGCCUUCGGACAAAAGAUCUAGCAUCUCCUCACCAUUGAAGUCCUUGACAAAUGGCGAAAGACCAGGCCGAAAACGCCCAACUGUUACUUUCGCAGACACCGUUGAAAAGGCAUCAUCCGAUCCAGACCUAAGACGCAAGCUCGGUGACAUGACCAAGAAGUAUGAGACGCUGGAAGUCAAGUAUCGUAACCUACGCGAGAUUGGCGUUGUGGAAGCCAAUGCCAAUUUCGAAAAGAUAAGGAAACAGUGUGAAAGCGCUACGAAUGCCUCAAAAAAACUUGUGGAUUCUCUCAAAGAAGAGCUUGCUGCGCAGAAGGUUCUCGGCAAAGAAUCCAGAAAUCUGCAGAAGCAACUGCGCGAGCGAGAAAAGGAAGUGACAGGUCUACAAUCACAGGUCGGCGACCUAUCGACCCAAUUAUCCACGGCCCAGACAGAAAUCAAGGCAUUGCAGACAAAAUUGGCAGCCGCACGAAACAACUCCGUGCCCAACGACGCUUCGAACAAUAAAGUCCCCGGAAGCGCCGUCAAAAGCGUUGCGAAUCGCAAUGCUGCAGCAGGUGCUGCCGCUGAGGCAGCUCAGGCCGCUCAUCUGGCGCAGUUAAAAGAAGACUUAUACAGCGAUUUGAGUGGUUUGAUCAUUCGAAAUGUCAAGAAAAGAGACUCCGACUAUCUUUAUGACUGUAUUCAAACUGGUGCAAAUGGAACUCUUCAUUUCAAACUUGCUGUGGCACAUGACGGCAAUGGCAAUAUGGCUCCCAAUUUUGAUACGACAGAGUUCCAUUACAUGCCCCUUUUGGACUCUAAUCGCGAUGCAGAUCUAGUUGAAAUUUUGCCGGAUUAUCUUACGGUGGACAUCACAUUCUCACGACAAAACGCGUCGAAGUUUUACAACAGAGUCAUUGAUUCUCUCACGAAACGACCAGUCGAUUCGGUUGAAUGA